AUGUUCGCGGCUAAGCCACCUCGACUCGUAAUACUCUACGGGAGCCAGACCGGUACCGCUGAGGACUGCGCGGAACGAAUCGGCCGCGAGGCUAUGCGCCGACAUUACGUCGACGUUACAGUGUUGGCUUGCGAUGAAUAUCCGAUGGAAGAGAUGCUGCGCGAUUCGUUCUUCUUAUUCGUGAUUGCGACAGCGGGGCAAGGAGACCAGCCGGACAACAUGAAGAAAUUCUUCCAACGCAUCAUGAGGAAAGCGUUGCCAGAUAAGCUUUUCAGUCACAUACACUUCGCGGUUUGCGGCCUUGGCGACUCUUCGUAUCAGAAGUUCAAUUAUGCCGCGAGAAAAGUCAACAAUCGAAUGAUUCAGCUCGGAGCGAUUCCCGUGACGAAGCCCGUUUACGCCGAUGAGCAGCACGCUUUCGGUGUCGACGGUUUGAUAGAUCCUUGGCUGGUAGAAUUCUGGCAAUCCUCAGAGUCACUUCGAGGGCCUGGCUUCCCGCUACCAGAAUCGAAACCGCCACCGAAGUUCUCAGUAAUUAAGACGCUUGCAGCGCCCGUACCUCUCCCCAUUCCUGCCCUCUAUAAGGAAUGCCGGGUGAUCACCAAUGGAAGAGUGACCGCUGAGGAGCACUUCCAGGACGUGAGAUUUCUCACCGUAGAGUGCGAUUCCAAGUUCUCUCCUGGCGACGCGGCUGUUAUCCUGCCGAAAAACACAAAGGAGAACAUCGAUGAAUUUUUGAGACUGUUCGCGCACAUCGAGCCGGAUGCGGCGGUUGAACUGCGGCGCGGUAAGUGAAGCGCCGCUCUACCUCAACACUUGACCGUACCGACGACGUUCAGAGAGUUGGCUGAGAAACAUUUCGAUCUCAACUCAGUGCCGAAACGUUCGUUUUUCGACUGUUUCAAAUAUUUCUGCAAGAGGGAAGGGGACGGCUCGAACGGUGACGAGGCUCUAUAUUGGGAGAAAUUGGACGAGUUCAGUCGAGCGGAGGGUCAACCAGACCUCGUGGAUUACACCAUCAGACCUAAGCGGACGGUUCUGGAAGUUUUUCAAGACUUCCCUUCCAUCUCGGAGAGGCUUUGCCUAGAAGACUUGCUGACUCUGAUCCCAGCGAUCCGACCGCGGUACUACAGCAUAGCUAACAGUGCUCGAAAGCAUCCUGGUGAAGUGCAUAUGCUUUAUGCAGUCGUGAAUUUCAAAACAGCGAUCAGAAAGCCUCGCAGCGGUCUCUGCACUUCGUAUCUGAAAGCGCUCCAACCCGGGGAAAGAAUUCUCAUGCACAUCAGGGAAGGCUCAUUGAGUCUCCCCAUCGAUCCAAAGAGUCAUCUAGUCAUGGUAGGCCCUGGAACGGCUGUGGCUCCAUUCCGAGCUUUCAUCCAAGAACAGGUCGCUCGGCAAGGAUCUCCAAUGACCCUGUUCUUUGGAUGUCGCAACUCUGACAAAGAUUAUUUCUUCGCUGACGAAUGGCGAGAGCUCGAAGCGAGUGGUCAUCUCGAAGUAGUCACAGCAUUCAGUCGCGACCAGGCCCAUAAAAUUUACGUGCAGCAGCGGAUCUCAGAGCGCUCGGAUUUCCUUCAGAGCCUAUCGGAGUCCGGGGAACCCUGCGCCAUUUACAUCUGCGGGAAUGCUGCGAAGAUGGUUGGAGAUGUUCUAGAGACUUUUGAACGUAUCUUGGGUAAAGAGACGGUAGAAAAAAUGCAGAAAAGCAAAUCAAUCCAGAUCGAAGCUUGGGCAUGA